UGACAUCCCGCACAUGUGCGUAUUACAUGAAUUCAAAAAAUGUGUUUAAUACAUUGUUGAUAGAAGUUAUUUGUGUAUAAAAAUGAAAGAAAUUCCGGUUUUAACGAAUUCCAAAAAGGAAUUCACCCAAAAGAAAUUAGAACAAAAUAAAAUUUUGUUAUCUUUAGGAGCUCCUCAUGUUGAUUCCUUCAAUUAUAUGCUUGACGAGGGAUUAGCAGACUGUGCAAAGAACAUUCAUCCCGUAGAAUUUGAAAUUCCUGGAGGUGAUCGUGUAAAAUUAUUUAUUGAAAGUAUAUCCAUUACACAGCCGCAAGUACCAACGUCAUAUCUAAAUGCACGUAAUAAAAAGAUCUAUCCAACGGAAUGUAGACAAAGAGCUGGCACUUACACUGGGACAUGCACAGUGGGCGUUGGUUGGUCAUUGAAUGGUGUUUGUCAACCUAUAGUUGACAAACCAAUGGGUGAAAUUCCUAUUAUGCUUCGUUCAAAAGCAUGUAAUUUGAAUGGACUAACCCCAGAACAACUUAUUAAACGCGGUGAACAUGAAAAUGAAUGGGGCGGCUACUUUAUUAUGAAGGGUCAUGAAAAACUCAUUCGGAUGCUGUUAAUGACACGUAAAAAUUUUCCGAUUGCUGUUCAAAGAAACACAUGGAAAGAUAGAGGUCAACACUUUGGUGAUGUUGGUAUUAUGGUGAGAACCGUGAAAACUGAUCAAACGGCAACUACAAACGUACUUCAUUACCUGACAAAUGGCACAGCAAAAUUCAUGUUUACUUAUCGAAAAACAUUCUCAUUUAUCCCAGUAAUUCUUUUAUUGAAAUCGUUGAAAAAUUGUACGGACGAAUACAUAUACCAACGUCUAAUCGCUGGUUAUGAAGAUGAUCAGUACUACGAAGGUUGUAUACAAAAAAUGUUACGAAGUGUUCAUGAUGAAACUGGGAUGCAUAUCCAUGAAGAUUGUAAAAGAUAUUUGGGCGAAGUAUUUCGUUCGAAAUUUUAUCAUUUGCCAGCAUGGAAAAGUCACGAAGAAAUCACAGAUUAUAUGUUAAACGAAUGUAUUCUCAUUCAUCUCGACGAUCAUGAUGACAAAUUUAAUUUAAUUGUCUUAAUGACACAAAAACUAUUCCAAUGUGCUCAAAAUAAAUAUAAAAUAGAAAAUUCCGAUAGCGUCAUGAUGCAAGAAGUGCUACUUGGUGGUCAUUUAUACCAAAAAGUCAUUAAAGAUCGAAUCGAAAAUUGGCUGGAACAAUUGCGUUUUGCAAUUUUGAAACAAGCAGAGCAAACAAACUUCGUACUCAACUUAGCAAAUUUUAUGCAGGCGUGUAAAAUUGCCGGAUCAAUUGAACGAACUGUUUCAAAUUUUCUAUCAACUGGAAAUCUUGUUUCAAAAUCAGGAUUGGGAUUGAUGCAAGCAUCUGGAUUAGUUAUUAUGGCUGAAAAUAUUAAUCGAAUGCGUUAUAUGUCACAUUUUAGAGCUGUCCACCGCGGUUCAUUCUUCGUAGAAAUGCGCACAACCGAAGCACGGCAAUUACUACCAGAUGCAUGGGGUUUCAUUUGUCCAGUUCACACGCCUGAUGGUUCACCUUGUGGACUUUUAAAUCAUUUAACCAUAGACUGUGUGGUUUCCGAUACACCAAAACAGUCACUUGUCGAUAACGUACCAAGAGUUCUCGUUAAUUUGGGAAUGGUUCCUCUAAAUACAACACGAAUCACCUAUAAGAAGCAUUUCGUUGUUAUGUUGGAAGGUAGAGUUAUCGGUCACAUUAACAAAAGUAUGGCACAACAAGUUUGCGUUGAGCUACGUCUCUUAAAAAUGGACGGAAAGCAAGUUCCCAAAUUUAUGGAAAUCGUACUAGUGCCAGAUAUAAAGAAUGGCCAAUUCCCCGGUUUAUUCUUAUUCAUUGGUCCAGCUCGUAUGAUGCGACCGGUUAAAAACUUGAAAGCAAAUAAAAUUGAGUAUAUUGGUUCAUUUGAACAAGUUUACAUGAACAUAUGUAUUGACGCUGAAGAAGCAUAUGAAGGUGUUACAACACAUCAAGAAAUAUCAAAAACCGCUUUCAUGUCAAAUUUGGCUAAUUUGAUUCCGAUGCCUGAUUGUAAUCAGUCACCCCGUAAUAUGUACCAAUGUCAAAUGGGAAAACAAACUAUGGGAACUCCAACACACACAUGGCAAUUACAAUCAGAGACUAAAUUGUAUCGGCUUCAAUCUCCUGCAACUCCACUAUUUCGACCAGUUCACCACGAUAAUAUUGAAAUGGAUGAUUUCGCAAUGGGAACCAAUGCAAUUAUUGCGGUGAUUUCAUAUACAGGCUAUGACAUGGAAGAUGCCAUGAUAAUUAACAAAUCGGCAGACGAAAGAGGAUUUGCCCACGGAAGUAUUUAUAAGUCACAAUUCAUCGAAUUGGACGGUACUAGUUUCUUUGCGCGAAAUCCACAUGAUAAAAAACUAGAUAAAUUCAUUGAUAAUGACGGUCUUCCAUAUCCUGGACGCAAAAUUAAACCAUUGGAAAUUCUAUAUUGUUUUUUUGAUACAAAUGAAAGUGUGUAUAAAACAAAAAAAUAUACCGGCAGUGAAGAUUGUGUGGUUGACAAUAUCAAAUUAUGUGGAACAUUAAAUACGGAUUCGAAAAAAAUUGUUUGUUUGACUCUUCGUGUACCGAGAAAUCCGACAGUUGGUGAUAAGUUUGCGAGUCGUGCUGGUCAGAAAGGAAUUUUGUCACAAAAAUGGCCAACUGAAGAUCUACCAUUUACCGAAAGUGGUCUCAUUCCGGAUAUUGUAUUUAAUCCUCAUGGUUUUCCUUCCCGUAUGACAAUUGCGAUGAUGAUCGAAAAUAUGGCGGGAAAAAGUGCUGCACUGCAUGGAUUUGUACAUGAUGCGACACCCUUUAGAUUUGACGAAAAAAACACAGCAAUUGAUCAUUUUGGACGACUUCUGCAAGCUGGUGGAUACAACUAUUAUGGAACUGAACGUGUAUAUAGUGGAAUAGAUGGACGCGAAAUGUCUGCUGAUAUUUUCUUAGGUGUCGUUCACUAUCAACGACUGCGGCAUAUGGUUUCAGAUAAAUGGCAAUGUCGAUCAACAGGUGCCAUUGAUAAUGUGACACAUCAGCCUGUAAAAGGACGAAAACGAGGUGGAGGUGUACGUUUUGGUGAGAUGGAGCGAGACGCAUUGAUUGCACAUGGAGCCUCAUUUUUAUUACAAGACCGCCUUCUACAUUGUUCCGAUAAAAUUUCGACAAUAAUUUGUAAAUCAUGUGGCACUCUUCUUGGACCUGUAGCAGAUAUAAGGAAACAAGACAACGAUGCGAUCAAUCGGACGGCGGCCACAUGUCGUUUAUGUAAAGAUAAAGCUGCUAUUGAAAAUAUUCAAAUACCAUACAUCUUUAAAUAUCUUGUUGCACAACUUAGCUCAGUUAACAUUAAUGUAAAAAUGAACUUGUCAUCAAUCUAAAUAAGUUGUUCAAUUUUUUUUAAAUAAAGAUAAAUUAAAUUUAAAAAAAUUAUAGAAAAU